AUGAAGAACAAAGCAUUCUUUGUUCAAUAUCUUACAAACCAACCUGUAAAGGUUGAUACCCAUAUCAAUAGUGAAAGGACCGCUUUGCGGCCUUUCCCCCUUGAUAGUGUUGCUGACCUGAUUGCAGCAGUCAAACAAGCACUUCCAUCAAAACUUGGUGAUAUAGACCCUGACGAGCUCACCAUCCAUUAUGUGGUGGAUGGUCCAGUCAUUGCUGGAAAUGUGCUUCUGAAAUCCAUUCAACAUCCAGUUGGUUCCUACGACCAACCACUUGUCAUUAAAUCCAAGAGUAAUUUUGUACGGAGUAAAAGUGACCAAGAAUUCGUCGACGCCAAUAAUUUGAAAUUGCAAACCCCAAAUGACGCUUUCAAGUAUUUGAUAUAUCAUCUGGAAAAGAUUGUCAAUGUCACAAGGUUUCCAAAUAACGCCGUAUUUCACGACAAUUGCUUGGAGCAUCGUCUUGAUAGGAGGAGCACUAGCUAUGCGAUUGACGAUGUCAAUAAUGUCAAACUGUUUCUUGCUGUUUCUGGUGCAGGAAAAACAAGGAUGCUUCUAGAGUUGCUUUAUUCAAACUUUGGGUACUACUUCACUUCCAAGAGCUCUCAAGAUGACUUUGGUUCUAAAGACAUGUAUCAAUGCCGGAUGUAUUGCGACAUUGACUUGUUUGAGCGUCUUUUUACAAUCCUUGUAAAAGAACCUGGACUUUCCCCAACUGCUAUUACAAACCCGUUUCCUUUUACUGCCAUUGAUGGAGUCCGAAAUCUUGCACGAGGUCGUUGUUUUCAUUUUCAACCAGAAAGUAGAAACUUUCGUCCCUUUUUCACUCCAUUUGUAUACCAUUCCAAAAUGAUGGGAAUAUUUCCUCAUUGCCUACUGUCUGCCACCAGUAUUGACUUUGAACUCAUCAAAGAGCUAGUGGAGUUCAGUGCUAUGAAGGAUGAUCAAGUCACAGAUUGUGUAGUUGUAUCAGAUUUCCAUCCUCUGACAAAGCUCGAGGUCGAACAGUAUGUUAGACAAUUUUUACAAGACCAUCAAGUCAAUCAACUGGAUGCUAUUGUAUCAAGAAUUUCAGACUUUGAAUUAUGUCAUGGAAGACCACGUUUCGUAUCGUAUAUUCUGGAUGCAUAUAUGAAAUCAAAUGAUAUUGACGCUGCGAUUGGCAAAUUUAUCACUGGAAUAUCCGAUGUUGAUGGCCAGAUUUUCCCGCUUAGAUUCUUGAAAGAUGACCUUGAUGGAGGCAUUCGUUCAUUUGACAGAGUCAUUGAUGGUGAUACCCUGUCGAGAAUCAUUCGCGACGCAUUUCUUGAUGCCAUCUGGAAGGGAGAAAUGCAACUUAAUGUAACUGGAAAUGACGGUGCUAAUGCAAUACGUUACGGUUUGGGCUUUGGUCGAGAUAUUGCUAAAGCUAACCCUUCCAUUGAAAUUCAAGAGUUGGCCGUAAUCGAAUGUCUUCGCUACUUUUUCCCCUUUGCGCCCAUUGUCAAAAAUUUAUACCAAAGAAUUGACUCGUCUUUUAACCCUCAAAUGGUUGGCUAUUUGAUGGAAUACUUGGUUGCGUUUGCUUUAGUAGCCAACUAUUCUGGUCCUGAUGCUGCCAAUAGUAUCAAGGCAUCCCAAGCUUCUGCAUCCAGCUAUUUACAAUGUGAUGAUUCAAGUCAAGUAUGCUUUCCCGAUCAUAUGUGUGGACCAGAUAUCAUCUACAAGUGUGCCAAUACAAAGACUGUAUACAUUGUCCAAGUCAAAUUUGUCAAGAGAAUGUCAAAACAACAAGCUGCAAACGCUUACAAUACUACAGAUCCUGAACGCUUUUAUUGCAAACGUAAUGGCGGUGGAGUGUCGAAAAAACUUGAAGUGUUGAAAGGGUUUGAAAAAGAACGAACCUACCUUCUUAGCACUUUGUUGAAACUACACAAAUCAGGCUACUCAUUGCAACAGACUCUGGUUAUUCAUACUGCUGAAAAGAACCCCGUUGAUGUUCAAGAUAUGAGAAUCAUCAAUAGUCAAAACUCGCCUCAGUUUUUUGAUGAGAUUGGCAAGAGUGUUUGGGAUUUUUUGAAUUUAAUUAGAAAUAACCUUCAAUAA